GGGGGUGACCUCGGGGCGACUUCCUCCUUGGCGCCCUUCCUCCCCUCCCCUAGUCACCUUUGCGUCUGCAAAACAGCCCCUCAGGGCUAGAGGUCUCGCUUUCUCUAGCUAAGGGUUAAUUUUCCGAUCGCACGAGGGGGAGGAGAUUUCCCUGUAGACAAGUAAAAAGGGUGAUGGACAAACGUGCGGGCACUAAGACCGCAAGGCAUUCGUUUCCUCCGACGGUGGUUGCGGACGCCGGGAGGAGGAGAGCCCCAGAGAGAGGAGCUGGGAGCCGUGGCACAGGCAAUGCUCAACCCUAGAACACGUAGCGACUCCGAAGAUCAGCCCCAAUGAACAUGUCAGUGUUGACUUUACAAGAAUAUGAAUUCGAAAAGCAGUUCAACGGGAAUGAAGCCAUCCAGUGGAUGCAGGAAAACUGGAAGAAAUCUUUCCUGUUUUCCGCUCUGUAUGCUGCCUUCAUCUUUGGUGGUCGGCACGUAAUGAACAAACGGGCGAAGUUUGAACUGAGGAAGCCAUUAGUGCUCUGGUCUCUGACCCUUGCAGUCUUCAGUAUAUUCGGUGCUCUUCGAACUGGUGCUUAUAUGGUGUACAUUUUGAUGACCAAAGGCCUGAAGCAGUCAGUUUGUGACCAGGGUUUUUACAAUGGACCUGUCAGCAAAUUCUGGGCUUAUGCAUUUGUGCUAAGCAAAGCACCCGAACUAGGAGAUACAAUAUUCAUUAUUCUGAGGAAGCAAAAGCUGAUCUUCCUGCACUGGUACCACCACAUCACUGUGCUCCUGUACUCCUGGUACUCCUACAAGGACAUGGUAGCCGGGGGUGGUUGGUUCAUGACCAUGAACUAUAGCGUGCACGCCGUGAUGUACUCUUACUAUGCCUUGCGAGCUGCAGGUUUCCGAGUUUCCCGGAAGUUUGCCAUGUUCAUCACCUUGUCCCAGAUCACUCAGAUGCUGAUGGGCUGUGUCAUUAACUACCUGGUCUUCUCCUGGAUGCAGCAGGACCAGUGUCCCUCUCACUUUCAGAACAUCUUCUGGUCCUCACUCAUGUACCUCAGCUACCUUGUGCUCUUCUGCCACUUCUUCUUUGAGGCCUAUAUCGGCAAGAUGAGGAAAGCAACGAAGGCUGAAUAGUGUUGGAACAGAGGAGAAAGCCAUAGCUCAGGGUCAUCAAGAAAAACAAUAGACAAAAGAAAAUGGCACAAGGAAUCACAUAUGGUGCAGCUAAAACAAAACAAAACAAAACACAUGAGCAAACACAAAACCCAAGGCAGCUUAGGGAUAAUUAGGUUGACUUAACCCAGUAAGUUUAUGAUCCUUUUUGGGUGAGGACUCACUGAGUGCACCUCCAUCUCAAAGGACUGCUGCUGGAAAAAUCCAUUCCCUCUUUCACUGUCAGUUCUAGGACAAAUGAGAACAAAAGUGAGCCAGAGGCACUGGGAGAGAGAAAUAGAAGGUAAAGGCUAUUAACAUUAUAUGGAAAAGAAAGUAUUUACUAAGUGUUAUAUUUCUCUAAGAAUGAAAGAAGUUUACUUAAAAAACUGUGCGAGCACAUACACACACAAUCCUUUCUAAUCUUUUUUGACACUAAACUGGAGCCAAUAGAAUAGGCAAAAUCGAAGAGACACAGGGUGUAUAUCUAGAACAAUAAUGCUUUUGCAAAAAUUAAAGCCUUUUUAAGAAAGGUUAGUAGCUGUAGCCCCCAAAAGAAAAGAUGUCUUAAUCACCUCUCGUGAAAACGGAUGCAAACAAUUGUAUUUCAGCUCAGAGAAAGGCUGGUGUCUUUCCCUUCAUAGCAUAGGCUCAGGCUAGUGAGUUUGCUAGAACCAGAAGGGGCAUGAUAUUUCUCCAAGGUUCUUCCUGGGAGGAUGGCAGCCAGUUCCUAAAGGGGCAGCUCUGUUUCAGAGCAUUUCUGAUGGUCUAACCGUAAUUUCUACUCUGAAAUGAACUAGAAAGGAUCAUCCUUGGUUCAGUUGCCCCGGGCUUUGGAACAGAAGAGUAAAUACAAAAUAGAAAAGCGAAAACUCAACCAAAUGACUUAAAAAUGGAUUCUGUACUACCUGUUAAAAAAGAUCCAGCCCAGUAUCACUCUUGAGCUGGGAAAAGGGGAAAAGGACAGCGGGGAAGGUAGAGGGCCAAGAUGAAUACAACAGACUACGAACACCCCUCUCUAUCUGACUUCACACACACUCAUAACUUUCCAAAUGAAACCCUGUUGUACAGUCCAUAUUUUCUAUAUUUUUGUGAAUUUCAAAAAAAAAAAAAAUCUGCAGGGCUCUUCCUGAUUAUUGGGUGAACACUGUGUUUCCGCAUCCUCUGCAUUUGCUCCCUAAGCAAUGCAGAGGUGUGUAAAGUGCCCUCUGCUGGUCAAGUGUAGAUACUUCAACAGACACGUCAUGGCAAGUUUGGCUGCAACAGUUGACAACAAAGGGCCCCUUAGAGACCUAUCCUUCAAAUUUUAAAUGAUAUAAAAUACUCGUCAUAUUUUUGGCCAAGUCAGAAGACAUUCCUCCUGCUUCAAGUCCGCUUCAGAAAUUUUUUUAAAAGGGACUUUUGCUCUGGAACUCAGAAAAUCAAUUUAAUAAGAGCCAUAUUCUCUAAAAAAAAAAAAAAAAAAGCUAGAUAAUAUAAUAUUAUCUGUAAUAUUUCAGUCCUUUACAAGCCAAAUAAAUGUAUAAACAUUCCUAGUAUUUCAGAGACGCAAUUAUGUAAAAUUGUUCAAUGUGAUAUACUAGUAUUCUAAUUGGGUAAGUAGCUUCACGAUUAGACAAACUAGAUGAAAUGAUUAGCGGCUACACUGCAUAGACUAUACACGCAUAACCACACACACAUGCACACAAAUGUGGGGUACACUCAACUUCAAAGCCCAAAUGAAUAGAGACACGUUUUCUGGCUAGCAGAAAAGAAAACUGUUGUUUAUCUUUCUUGCUUUAUUUGAGAGUGUACAGUAAAAGGGAUUUUUCAGAUUAUUUUUAUAUUAUUUUAGCUUUAAUUGUGCUGUCAUUCAUGAAACAGAGCUGCUCUGCUUCUCUGUCAGAGAUGACAAGGGCUUUCUUGGCAUCUUGUUUAUGUGUGGAAUUUAAAAGAAUAAAGUUUUAUCCCAUUCUGUGUGAA